AACAACAACAGCAACAACAACAAGCACUACUACCGCACCAUGACUCCCGGUCCACGAGACUGUACUCCUGUAUCAGAGGUCUACUCUCCGCCUCCAAGUGCUCCACCCAGGAUGCCACUUCCGCCGGUGCCGUACAUGUCAUUAUCAUCAGCACCACCCAACAUCGUCGUACCGAAACGGGGGACGAGAAGGGUCAGCAGUCGGCACUCGAUUCGAUGUGUAGAUCCGAAUUUGACGGAUUUGUCCGAGUUGAGUGAGGUGGACUGUUGAGUGAGUGAGUGAGUGGAGUGGAGUGGAGUGGAGUGGAGUGGAGCUGAGUUGAGAAUUUGUGAUUUGAUUGUUCACAAACACGCAAGACUUGAUGUCUUCCGCUGGCCUUUCUUUUUUUCGUAUUGUCUACUGCACUCUUUUUCUUUCAGGAUGACAUGAUGAUUCAUUGGUUAA